UGCUUCUUCUGAUUCCCUUUCCCCCCCGGCACCCCUCCUGUUCUCUUCCAUCCUUGCGCGGUUCUGCGUUUUGUCCGCAAUUUGUCCCAGGGCGCGACUGACUCGCUUCUGUCGACGUAUCAAUUCCUCCUCCCUUCGUUUGCUCAUUUGUAGCUCUUUCCUUGUGCCUUGUCUCCUGCCCUUGAUCCCGGGUCCCUAGCCCGGUUCAGAGCUAGUUUUUGGCAUUAUGCUUUAUUCUUCCCUCGUAUCGUCCUCGUACAGCCGGCCCAAGUUUUAACAAAGCGUGGACCGUCCUUCACAUCGCAAAGGAUCCCCGCGAUCUCCCUCAAAAGCAUAUUCAUCAACCCGAACACACGUGACCAAUUCUGGGUUCAGGCUGCGAUUCGACUUGUGUCGCGGUGGCGUUGCCCCUCAGGAACCACCUCUCGGUUGAUACACUAGAAGGUAUGGAGACGCCUUCUGGAUUCCCCCAGCUGGACGAAGGCCUGUCGCAGGGGGAUAUUUCUCUCCGUCCUCAUACCGAGGAGCCUUCUGUAGUCCUUCCCAUGGCGCAUCCGCCAGCUCUCCCAGGCAACUCGUCGCAUAUGCCUCAGAAAUCCAAGUCGGCAACCCGAACCGCACACACCGAAAAGCAACUGCCCUCCACCGGCACUGCGCCUAGCAAAAAGGUGGCUAUUCCCCGACAGCGAUCCACCGCCGCCCCGCGUUACAGUCGACGGGUCCCCUUAGCAUGCGAGUCGUGUAGGCAGCGGAAAACGAAAUGCAGUGGCGAUACACCCAUUUGUCGACAGUGCAAGGAGCUGAGAAUAACCUGCAACUAUCCGGUCUCAUGGCGGGAGAAGACGAAAGGGGAACUGGAUAAACUUGCUGUCAAGGUUACCGACUACGAGAAUCUACUGCGAGAUAUUGGUAAUUUUGUCGAUGGUCGAGCUGCUGAGCGUAUCAAGGUGAUGCUGGACAAGCAUUCUGAUAGCGGAGAAUACACCCAAUCUAGCUCAGUAACCCCUCGGGACGACGAUAAUGAUGAUGCGGUGUCGUCCCCUUCAUCCAUCGGAUCUUUGGAUGCAAUUGACCGGGUCGAGGAGGACGUGAACCGCAGCCCGAGCUCCAGAGCAACAGGUUAUAUGGGAAAGAACUCCGAAGUCACUUGGAUGCAGCGAGUCCGAAUGGAGGCCGAGCAACGUUCUCGCAAACUUCCCGGCCCCUACGAGGCAGACCAAGAAGGCGAGUUUGCCAUUCAUUCUGUCAAUUACCACCUUGACGACAUGGAUAUAUCCGUACCUGGCCCUGUGCAUGUAUACUGGAUGCCGCCGCGGAAGGUGGCGGAUAAACUUUUCGAAGACUACUUGGACACAGUGCAUCCAUUUUACCCUAUAAUCAGCCGUACGCUUUUCCGUACACAAUAUAAGACAUUCUUCGAGAGCGCCGCACGACCAGGGGACAAGUGGCUGGCUAUAUUGAACAUGAUCUUUGCCAUUUCCGCCAAGCAUGCCCACCUCACGCGGGCUCCAUGGCGUGGCGAUGAAAAUGACCACCUGGUGUAUCUGACGCGAGCCCGGAUAUUGAGUAUGAACGGCGAUGUGCUAUUCAGCCAUCCUGAUCUGCAACAGGUGCAGGUCGAAGGCCUGAUCGCCUACUAUCUUCUGGCAACAGAUCAGAUUAACAGGGCCUGGCGAAUUGCCGCUUUAGCUGUUCGUUCCGCGGUCACUCUCGGACUCAACAUGAAGAAUUCUAGCGAAGGGACCGCCAGCGUCGCCAAGGAGGCGCGCUAUAGGGUCUGGUGGUGCCUCUAUACGUUUGAACACAUGCUUGGAAUCAUGACGGGACGGGCCUCGUGCAUCAGCGACGGCAUCUGCACCACACCGUUUCCUAUCCCCUUCGAGGAGGACCAACUACUGGAGCCCGCCGCGUUUAGGCUUCUGAACGAGCCCGAACUGCGCCAGGAGUACAUAGAGACGGCACUCGCCUGUAUUUCUGUACGACUAAUGCCAUCCAAUCCUAAAGGGGGCCGAAACGCGCAGUUAACCGAUAAGCCGCGUGACGUGACGUGGCUAAGAAGCCUCCCUGCCAGUAGCGCUCUCGGCUUCCUUUAUUACGUCGAUCUCGCAGUGAUCGCGCAGGAGAUUGUCAACCGUGUCUACUCGUUAGACUGUGUUUCGAUACCCUGGAGUCAUAUUGAGAACCGCAUUGGUGAACUGCGAGCCCGAAUCGACGUGUGGUACACCAAUCUCCAUGAGUCAUUUGACUUUACUCGGAUGGACGACCUGUCAGCAAUCAUGGUCCGUAGCAAGCUCUUACUCGCCUUCCACUACUACAGUGCGCGAAUUACCUUAGGACGACCCUGCUUGUGUCGUCGCGACGCACGGCAGACCGCGUCCAACAAAAAGCCAACGUUCAGUCACGAGAUGGCGGUAAUCACGCUGGAAUCUGCUCGGCAGAUGCUCGACUUGAUUCCUGAUGUGCCUGACGCUGUCCGUCUCUACGAUAUCUGCCCGUGGUGGUGCAUUUUGCACUAUCUAAUGCAAACAACAACCGUGCUGCUUCUUGAGUUGUCAUUUGGCAGCAUCCACAUGCCGGAGGAAGAGAUGGGCCUUUUGAGUUCGGCUAAAAAGGCCAUUCGCUGGCUAUUUGCCAUGGCUGAGAAUAGUCUUGCAUCACGACGCGCAUGGGAGUUGUGUUACGGCAGCCUUCGACAGAUUGCUACCGGUAUGAACUACGACAUUAGUGAUUUGCCAGCGAUUGGCUUUGAGGCCCAGAACCAGUCCCAGGCUCCAGUGUUCAACUCUACACAGCAUGUUCAUCCUGGAGAGACCGUAAACACGUGCCCAACCUUUUACAACCCCGCAGCCGCUGAUAUAAACCACACAGCGUCAAUUUCCUCCUCUCAGGUACCUCAGGAUACCGCCAUGUCAUUCACUCAGGACGAGCAACCAUUCUUGGGGCUAGGGAUGCCAUCCAACAAUUCAUUGCCCACAAAUUCGGAGUCAAACCCCGGAGGUGACUCCUACUUCCCCUACGAUCCAAUCAGCGGCGAAUUUAUCCGCUCAUUCUUCCCCUCUUCCACUGACGAGGUCCCAUGGGGUGGAGUAUGAGCAUACCUACUUCUCUCUCAAAAUCUCAGAUCCAUUCCCAUUCGUUGUAUUUAUUUCCCACCCAUACUCUUCCUUCUCCUUCUCUGUGAGCGAUGCUCUAUACCUAUGAUUCUUCUUGACUUUUGAUAUCUUUAUCUCUAUCUCGCAAUUAUGUAUGCAUAUAUUUAUUCACGUCAACGAUGUAACGCAGGAGUUCAAUGGGGGUAGGUAGAAUGGGAUGAUACAGGCUGGUACUGGUAACCUUGGAUAACGAGAUGGGAUAGAUGGAUGGUGCUUGGGGGUUCUGUAUGUUUUUUGUAUUUGUUUGCUUUCCCCCCCUUAGGACUAGGAAUAGUUCAUUUCGGUCUUAGUUGAACUAUUACGAUGAUUGAUAUACCUC